CUGGGCAGAGUUUAGGGGAGUUGUUGGACAGCCAUUGCAGUGUCGUGGCUGAGUAACAAAACACGAAAAAGGAGAGGAAGACCUGGCAUUUCGCAGGCUCUCUAUUUUUCGACCGGGAGACCAAUUUACAUGACUGUAAGAGCGAACACAUUCGGUAAAUUACUCUACACGUAAAUAACGGGAUUCAACAGCUCCGGAUAUGUCAUUCAUAUUUGAUUGGAUUUAUAGCAGUUUCAGUAGUGCAUUACAGUUCUUAGGACUGUACAAGAAAUCCGGCAAGUUAGUAUUCCUUGGCCUGGACAAUGCUGGCAAAACGACGCUACUGCACAUGCUCAAAGAUGACAGAUUGGGACAGCAUGUGCCAACUUUACAUCCAACCUCGGAAGAGCUGACGAUUGCUGGCAUGACUUUCACCACCUUCGACCUUGGAGGCCACGCACAAGCCCGCAGAGUGUGGAAAAACUACCUCCCUGCCAUCAAUGGCAUCGUCUUCCUUGUGGAUUGUGCAGACCUGACCAGAUUGAUGGAAUCAAAAGCAGAACUUGAUGCAUUAAUGACAGAUGAGACAAUUGGAAACGUGCCUAUCCUGAUCCUGGGCAACAAGAUCGACAGACCAGAGGCCAUCAGUGAGGAGAAGCUGAGGGAAUUGUUUGGAUUGUAUGGGCAGACAAUAGGCAAGGGCAACAUUCCCAUGAAGGAGCUGAACACAAGACCACUGGAAGUGUUCAUGUGCAGUGUGUUGAAGAGGCAGGGUUACGGAGAGGGCUUUCGCUGGCUCUCCCAGUACAUCGACUAAAGCUGCCGAGCCCCAACACCAACACCACCACCAUCAGGAGGGGGGCGCUAAACCCAACCACUCAAGACGCCCACCGUUGCCACCAGUACCAUCAUACUCAGCCCCAUGUUUGGUUAAACAAGUCUGCCUCCACCUUCAGAGAAACCAGUACAACUUGAUCCCAAUAGACUUUUAUUGGUCGAACAUUUGGUUCUGCACUUACAGAAUUCAUACCUGUAAACACAGAGACACACACGCACACACACUCGUUUCCAUCUGUCUUUUUCUAAGAGAGUAACAUAGCAUUGGUACCACAGCAAAGGGUGUUUCACAUUCAAACGGAUGAUCUUUUCUAUAUUGUGUCUGUCGUUUGCUCCCCCUCCCUUCCUGCCAUCUGUUGAGUGUGAUGAUAGAUGCAUAACUGUAAAUCUGUAUAUGAUUCCAUUGGUAUAUCAACAAUCCCUGAGGCCUCUUACCCCUCUUCAAAUCAUUUUGAGCAAUGAGAGAGAGUGACAUAGUUGUAUACAUUGCAGUACACUUUUUUAACAGUAAAGACAUUCAUUCCACAUUGUAUUUAAUCAAUGCAUUUUGGUUUGUCUUGGUUUUUUCUUUACAUUUCUUUAAAUAAAAUGUGUGGCCACGUAUACAGCCUUCACUAUAGACGCAUGGCUGUCUCACCCAUUUAUUAAAAUGGACCAGUGCAUUAACUUAGCGUAUCAGAAAUUAAAUUGUUUUCUUCAGGUUACUUGGAAGUUAAAAUCCCUCUGUUCCAGACUUCCAUCUCGUGGGCACAGUAGCAUUGAAUGGAUCCAAGUAGUCUGCCGGUUUCCCCCCCUUUUUUUAAAGACUAGCAUGGGGUGGUAGUAUAGCAGAUGGGAGAAGAUUUUUAAUAGAAAAUAAUACUGGCUGUAACCCAGGCGAGUUUUCACAAAAUCAUGUAGAUAGCACAAUGGUCAGGGGGUGCAAAUGAUACUAUUUAAGUGAAUGAAACUUUGAGAUAAAUGGGAUAAAAACAUGCAGUAAGAGAUGAAGGGAGGAAUGAACAGAUGGUUGUAACAUCUAGUAAUUGUCAAUUUUUCGAAGUCCAUCCUAUCAAUGUAUUUUCCAGCGCAGACCUUUUUUACGGGGUGAAUAUAGUGACCAAGCGUAGAUAGCGGAAGACACAGUCCCUCAGUGGGAACAGGUAGAUUGGCCUCAGACGCCUCUAAGAAAGGGACCAUAUAUAUGAAAUGUACAUGAACAUCGUACAUGGAUUUUGUAUUUAUAAGUGGUAUCCUUUGAGCUAUGUGCAUUACCAGAACCUAUUAUGCAUGCCUUGUUCUUUUGAUUUUUAAUCCAGAUAUUCCAGAGAGUACAACAGGAGGGGAAAAGAUGCCAAAAUUUACAAUGAGAGCUGAUUGUCAUUUUGUUUUGUUUUUUAACGGAAACAAUGGAAUUGCGCUUAAUACACAUUUUUUUUUUUCUGUCCCCGUCCUUUUGUGUCUCUUUCAUUCCCUCAUGACUACGUGAUGAGCUGUUCCAACAACGGGUGGGACUCUCGCUGUUGUUUGCAUCUUAAAAAAAUGUAAUAAAUGUUUUCAAUGAAUAACAGGCUUUAA